AAAUCAACAGUACUCGAGGACCUUCCUAUGCUUACAAAUACUGGAAGAACUCAGCAUUUAGGGACAAAUUCUAGCCUCACUUGUACACCUGCAAAAAGCUGCUUGUGUUCAUUGAGAUCCAAGCCCACAGCACCUACGGCGGGACCUUAGGUUUGGAUCCCAGUGCAUUCUGAAGUGUCCCAACACCCAAAUUUGUAAGCUGACCCUGUGGAAUCACAGGAGCUGAGCAAAGCAUCCUCCUUGAGUUUUGAAGGCCUCCGUUUACCAACACUGACUGGGAUCUGUCUUCAGCUGUGCUGAUUGUAAAACUGAAAGGGUCUUGUUCUAAAAAGGUGGCUCCUUCUCCUAUAACUGUUGAUUUCUGAGCCAGACUGAUGCCAGCAAGUCUGGUAUUUGAUAACCCUUCAAGCUAUCUUAUUGUUGGUAGCCAAGGAGCAAGAGGUGAAAAGGGAUGACUGAGUGACUUUUGAUGUCUGGACAGAAAAAAGAUUUCAGCUGCCAUUUCGGAAUGAUAAGAGAGAGAGUGGAGGUCAAGAGGCAGCUGUCAGUUGUCUCCUACUGAUGGUCUUUUCUCUGUGGCCAUAACCGUGCUUCAUGUUUCCAGAGAUACCGGUUUCCAGGUGUCACCAGGAUGGGGAAGGGGCCACCUCACCGUGACACAGGGUGCAGCGUGGCCAUGGGGCCACCUGCCAGGCUCUGGGCUGGACCGGGCUGCCUGCGGCUUCUUUGUCUUGGUGAAGUGCCCAGGACACCCUCCUUGGAAACGGGCUCCAUCACCAAACACUGCAAACCUUCUCGCAGCCAGGCUUGGCCACAAGGCAAAGCUCAGCCACCGGCUGAUCCACACAGGCGAACAAAGGGAGGGCACAAGUGCUGAUGGCUCAGGUCAUGUCGGUUCAUCCAGAUCUUCACCAGCGCUAUGUGCAGGCUUGCCAAAGCUCCGGCCACUCCGAAAACCCCUUCAUUGCUCAUCUGCUUCAAGAAGCUGAUAACAAUUAUAAAAAUGAAUGGACAAAAGGGAUCACGCUAAAAAUAGCUGGAAAUAAUCAUCUAGUGCCUGUGCAGAGAGUUACAGAUGACGAUCUUCAAGUUCUUGCUUCUGUCUUACGCAAUACUGGUUUUGUCACAGGUUUGGAUCUUAGGUAUAACACAUUGACUGAUGCUGGAGCAAAGCACGUGGCAGAGUUCCUCCAGGGAAACUCGACUCUGCGGUACCUUAACCUGAUGUUUAAUUAUAUUGGCACAAGCGGAGCAGAGCUGAUAGCGAAAGCGCUCCUUAGGAAUGAAACUCUUGGAUAUUUGAGAAUGACUGGAAACAAAAUAGGAAACAAAGGUGGGAUGUUCUUUGCUUCAAUGCUACAAAUGAACUCAACCUUAGAGAAGUUGGAUCUCGGAGACUGUGAUAUGGGUACUCAGUGUCUGGUAGCAAUAGCAACAGCCCUGGCUCAGAACAGACCACUCAAAGCAAUAAACCUCAAUCGUCCUUUGCUAUACAGCGAAGAGGAGGAGACCACCGUUCACAUAGCUCUGAUGUUGAAAAAUAACUCUUCUCUUGUGGAACUAUACCUGUGCAAGCAUGAUAUGAAGAACUUUGGUGUAGAGCGGCUGUGUGAGGCAUUGUAUGAAAACUCCAGCCUGAGAUACCUUGAUCUUAGCUGUAAUAAAAUAACCCGAGAUGGUGCAAAGUUUUUGGCAGAACUACUGAAACGGAACCAAACCCUGGAAAUUCUGGAUCUUAAUGCAAACCGAAUAGAAGAUGAUGGAGCCAUCUACUUGAGUGAAGCUUUGGCUUUGUACAACAGGACUCUUCUGGCGUUGUCUGUAGUAAGCAACAACAUAAGUGGCAAAGGACUCGGAGCUCUUUCAGAUGCAAUGAAAAUAAACAUGAAGCUUUCCUACAUUUACAUCUGGGGGAACAAAUUUGAUGAAGCCACCUCUAAGGCAUUUUCAGAAUUAAUUCAAAGGGGCCGCCUGAAACCCCGCUGCACAGACGUGGAGCCGUACACAGUGGAUGGGCACGUUCACCUUGCAGAGCUCUCCCAUGGCCUCAAGAAGCAUUACUAUUGGACGCCAAGUUACGGAGAAGUGACGAACAGAGAUGCCAAUGCCAGUCUGGCAAUUGCAGCUGUUUCAGAACACAUAGCUGCUGCAGUGGGAGAGCUGCCACUGCCCCUCCUCGGCUACGGUCUCUGCAGUCUGGUUUCCACAUAGCAGGGAGAGCCCUCAGACAGGUCUCAAGCCAUCUGCCUAAAAAGAUUCCAUGUUUUCCCAUAUUAAUCCCUCACAGAAAUUAUCAAUACUGUUACAAACCUCGUACCUCCAAAACAAACUGGGAAUCUUUAACCCAAGAUGUGCAGC